AUGUUCCACUUACGGCCAACAGCAUUGCUCAAGGAGAUAUUACAGAGGCAGCUGAAGCGACAUUUGGCAGGCGGAGUCCACGCGCCACCUUCAGCCGGCUACAUCAGCUGCUCUCCGGUCACAGGAGCGGAGCUAACCAGGCGGGGAGCCAUCCAGCACCGCGACGCCAGACGUUUUUGUUCCAAAGCAGAUGGACACAAUGAGGCCACCAAAGAAUCUUCAACAGAGAAGAGAAGGAAGGCAGGCAUUCUGCCUAGCCUGGAGGAUCUCCUCUUCUACACUAUAGCUGAAGGCCAAGAGAAGAUCCCAGCACACAAAUUCACCACAGCUCUCAAAGCCACGGGGCUUCGAACAGGAGACCCCCGGCUAAAAGAAUGUAUGGAAAUGCUGAAGGUGACAAUGAAAACAACCUCAGACGGAGCCCUGGAUAGACAUCUCUUCAAGAAAUGUGUGCAGAGCAACAUUGUGCUGCUCACUCAAGCUUUUCGAAAGAAAUUUGUUAUCCCGGACUUCCAACCUUUUUGCCGCCACAUGGACGAGCUCUACGAGAAUGCAAAGAACAUGUCCGGAGGGCAGGUGGCUGACUACAUUCCCCAACUGGCUCGCUUCAGCCCAGACUUGUGGGCCGUCUCCCUCUGCACUGUGGACGGUCAGAGGCACACGAUAGGUGACACCAAGGUGCCCUUCUGUCUGCAGUCUUGUGUUAAGCCGCUGAAAUACGCCAUCGCUGUUCACGACCACGGCACUGAGUAUGUGCACCGAUUUAUCGGCAAAGAGCCCAGUGGCCUGCGCUUCAACAAGCUCUUCUUGAAUGAGGAUGACAAACCACACAACCCCAUGGUGAAUGCCGGCGCCAUCGUGUGCACCUCUCUUAUCAAGCAAGGAGCCAGCAAUGCUGAGAAGUUUGACUACGUCAUGAACUUCAUGAACAAGCUGGCAGGAAACGAGUACGUCGGCUUCAGCAACGCCACGUUCCAGUCGGAGCGGGAAUCUGGAGACAGAAACUUUGCCAUCGGAUACUACUUGAAGGAAAAGAAGUGUUUUCCCGAGGGAACAGACAUGACGUCCAUCUUGGAUUUCUACUUCCAGUUGUGCUCCAUUGAGGUGACCUGUGAGAGCGCCAGUGUCAUGGCGGCAACCCUUGCCAACGGUGGCUUCUGUCCCAUCACAGGAGAGCGUGUGCUGAGCCCAGAAGCAGUGCGCAACACCCUCAGCCUAAUGCACUCUUGUGGAAUGUAUGAUUUCUCUGGACAGUUCGCCUUUCAUGUGGGACUCCCGGCAAAAUCUGGCGUCGCAGGCGGAAUCUUGCUUGUUGUUCCAAACGUCAUGGGUGUCAUGUGUUGGUCUCCUCCUCUCGAUAAACUGGGCAACAGUGUGCGAGGCAUCCAGUUCUGCACGGACCUGGUUUCUCUAUUCAACUUUCACAACUAUGAUAAUCUGAGACACUUUGCCAAGAAACUGGAUCCUCGUAGGGAGGGAGGAGACCAGAGGGUGAAGUCUGUGAUCAAUCUGUUGUUUGCUGCUUACACAGGAGACGUGUCAGCUCUGAGGAGGUUUGCCUUGUCCUCCAUGGAUAUGGAGCAGCGGGACUACGACUCCAGGACAGCGCUGCAUGUGGCAGCCGCUGAAGGCCAUGCUGAGGUGGUUCGCUUUUUGCUCGAGGCCUGUAAGGUGAACCCGGUCCCCAGAGACAGGUGGGGCAACACACCGAUGGACGAGGCGGUUCACUUCGGCCACCACGAUGUGGUCACCAUCCUACGCGAUUACCACAAUCUGUACAGUCCUCAGGAGACUCCAGCAGCAAAGGAGAAUGCAGAGAAGAACCUAGAUAGCAUGUUGUAA